UCUUUCCACUCGCGAACAUAUAAGAAUUUGAUGGAGUUUAUGGUUAUGCAAGAAAAAGUUUUAUUAAAAUUUAAAAAAAAUAGUAUAUAAUCCAUAAAUCUUGUUACUAUAGCGUUGUGAAACUAUUUUCUAAUUUAACAAUGUAUCGUUUGUUGACGAUUAAACGUGUAACAGUGGAAAAUAUAAAAUUUGCCCUUUGCCAACAACAACACGCGGUCAGAUAUAUCAUUGGCUCAAGAAUGCCAUAUAGAGAAAAUACACUGUUACUGCAGCCUACAAAAUUAAAAUCAUUCCUUAAUGGAGAAGAUCAAAAAGCCAUAUAUUGCCAAUGGCAUGGAUUACUAAAAAACCAUAAAAAUGCUAAUGCCGAUUUAUCAAAUUCCAUGCGUUCGCAGUCAACUGUUUCCACUAACACGGAGACCUUGGAUCAAAAAGUAAGAAAACGGAAAAAGCGUAAAGCAACAUACGUUGAACUUUUGGAAGUAACCAAUAAUGCCGCCAGUGAACGUAAAAACCGUGUUAAACGUUUAAAAUCAAAAAAAUUGCAAGAAUUUAUUCUAAAAAUAGAUAAAGAAAUUAUUCAAAAAAUCAAAAAUAAACGAUUAAAACCAAAAACCCAGACGUCCAAAUGCUUAAAUCAGCCUACAGAAUAUCGAAAAUUUAAUAUGGAUUUAUUAAAUCCGACUCUGAUUGAAUCGGGCAAUUAUGACGAUAUUCCAAUGAUAUUUAUUGGAGGGGAAAAAUCAGAUAUCAUAGACCAGCAAUUGUUAAACAAUCCAGAAAAAAUUCAAAACAUACUAAAAAGUAUUGAUAACAUUAAAGACAUUAUAGAAAGUACGCAAUAUCAAUCGCAUAUAAGCGACAAUACCUAUCGUGCUUCUAGCGGUGCGCAAAACAGUUUAUCGGCAGAAGAAGAUGUUGACCUUUUAGAAUCAUCCGUACCCCUUUUCUCGCCUGAAGAUCUAGAGGUGGAUAUUAAAUCGAAGAAGGGAACGACCGUCAAACGAAAAUCAAAAUCUACAUCAAGAUCCGAAAAAGGCCUUUUUCAAAGUAAGGAGCAGGAAUUGUUAGCAAAAGAGCGGGCGUUGAAAAUAAACCUUAACUCCUAUUUAAAUGUCUGCGUUGCGGCUGGUUUAAUAAACAGAGCAUACUCGACUAUUUUGGCCUAUCGUCAAGGAGCCAAAUACAAACAUUUGAAAAACCUUAUCGGAAUCGAUUUGUACAAUAUUAUAUUACAUGGUUACGCAGAGAAGGGUGCAUUCGAAAAAUUGUUUAAUUGUCUUAAUAUAAUUGAAGAGGAUGGCCGGAAAUUUAAUGAACAAACCUUUGCGGCCAUAUUUGAAUGCUUGGGGCGUUUAGAGCCAACCGAAGAUAAUUUGAAUAAAAUCCGGCACUAUAUUGAAAAGGCAAAGGAUAUGGGAUUCAAUCUGCAUCAAAUAAUGGAUAAGUCACAAUUUGCCUAUGACCAGCGGGAUAUAGCACUAGAUGCUAUACAGAGGAUACUACCCGAAUUUGAACCAAUUUACACACCGCCAAAAAUGCUAUACGAUAACCCGUUGGUAAAUCAUUUGGACGAAAAUGUAAGACCGAUGGGAUCGUCAGAGAUACCAACUGACUUCAUGCAAGGAGCAGAAAUCAUGAACUCCAAACGUGGUUAUAGCAAAGAACAACUGGAGCAAAUGGCUCGUGAGCAAUUGAAAAUUGAACUCGAUGGGUACAUAUCGAUUAAAUCCAUCGCAGUACACAAAGAGUUCGCCAAUACAGAGUACUGUCAAAAAAAGCUCAAAGAAAUGGAAGGACUCUGGCGUUCUCAAAUAAUUGCUGGACUUAGUCGUGAUAUGAAUACAUUGAGAGCACAGAUGCGCUAUAAGCCACCGGGUUACAUAAGCUGCUAUAUAUAUUUAAAAACAUUGGAUAUCUCGCAUUAUAUAGAUAUUCUUACGAAAGAAAUCUAUAAAUUGGGUGAAGCCUCUGAAACGUAUAGUCCCUCAAUCAGUUCUUUGCAUAAAGCCUUGGGCCAAACGGUUCAAGAUAGGUAUAAGAUGGAAAUUAAGAAAAGAAACGGUGUCCUGGAGAAAGUUGGCGAGGUGUAUAGCUCAUACUGUGACUUUUGGCAUCAUGGCAAUACCAGCGAUAAUACACGGCAAAUCUGGCAACGAUGUGUGCAUCAAAGUCGGGCCACAGGUUCCGCUAUUGAUUUAGAGGACGCAAACUGGCCACCAAAUGUUGUAAGGGGUAUAGGACGAUUUCUUUACAAUAUUUUAAUGCGUGAUAUAAAAAUUGACGCGAAUGUAAUGCGACAAUAUCAGAAGACAAAACCGAAUCUUUUACCCGCUUUCUACACGUUAUUCCGCAAUCAAAAACGGAUAGUACAAGAAGAAGUUAAACCACAUCCUAUCUUGUCCAGGUUAUUUAGAGCGUCUUGUCAACAAACUUUGACAUUCGACUCUAAUUUGGUGCCAAUGUUGUGCCCUCCACAACCCUGGGUGAAUCCGCACAACGGUGGCUACCUUCUUAACAAGACCGAUUUAAUACGUUUACCCCAUCAAGCCAUUCAGCAAUGGGAUCGUAUUAAUAACAUGCCCGUUCAAAACUUAUAUCCUGCUCUAGAUUCAUUAAAUCAAUUAGCUAGCAUACCAUGGCGUGUUAACGAAGAUAUUUUGGACGUUAUAAUCGAAGUUUUCCAAAAUGGCGGCGAUCAUAAAAUAGAUAUCCCUCAACCGCCCAGUUCUUUGCCACCGUUACCAAGUACAUCUGUGAUGGAUAAUACGAAUGCAACGAAUGCAGAACGAGAUAAGCUUUUUAAAGAGAAAAUGAUUCGCAGACGUAAACAGGCUGAAAUGUAUAGUUUAUGGUGCGAUGCGCUUUACAAAUUGUCUUUGGCUAACCAUUACCGGCGCAAAGUAUUUUGGCUACCACACAACAUGGACUUUAGAGGUCGUGUCUAUCCAGUGCCCCCACAUCUUAAUCACUUAGGCUCAGACAUGGCUCGCUGUCUAUUGAUAUUUGAUCAACCGCAGCCUUUAGGAAUCGAUGGAUUUAGUUGGUUAAAAUUACACUGCAUUAACCUUACCGGUUUGAAAAAGAGAGAUUCCGUCCGGGAACGAUUACUCUAUGCUGAAGAAAUUAUGUCCGAAAUUCUAGAUUCGGCAGACUAUCCUUUGACCGGACGGCAGUGGUGGAAAACAUCAGAAAAUCCUUGGCAGACCCUGGCCUGUUGCAUAGAAAUAACGAAAGCCCACCGAUCGCCCAAUCCAGCUGAAUAUCAAAGUCGUCUUCCUGUUCACCAGGAUGGCUCCUGCAAUGGUUUACAGCACUAUGCCGCCCUAGGUCGUGACAAAGAGGGUGGAGCGAGUGUAAAUUUGUCACCUUCUUCCGUUCCUCAAGAUGUGUAUAGCGGUGUUGUGGUCUUAGUGGAAACAGCCCGCGAAGAGGAAGAAGCCGGCUUACAAAUCGCUGAAGUUCUUAAAGGCUUUGUUAAACGCAAAGUGAUAAAGCAAACAGUAAUGACGACGGUGUAUGGCGUUACUAGGCAUGGCGCUCGUUUGCAAAUUGCUCGUCAGCUUAAAGAUAUCGAUGAUUUUCCGAAAGAUUGGGUUUGGCCAGCUUCUUCCUAUCUCACAACGAAAACGUUUUUAAGUUUACGUGAAAUGUUUACUUCAACACGCGAAAUUCAAGAUUGGUUCACUGCUUGCGCUCGCGUCAUAUCGGGUGUUUGUGGCAAAAAUGUGGAAUGGAUUACGCCGUUGGGACUGCCGGUCGUACAACCUUAUAAUCGUCAAGAUUCUUAUAAACAGAGUGCCUCUCGCAUUUUUAAUAUUUCAACCGACCUGUACGAAAAGCCUAAUGUUAUGAAACAAAAAAAUGCUUUUCCGCCAAAUUUUAUACAUUCUUUGGACUCAUCUCAUAUGAUGCUAACUUCACUGCACUGCGAACGUCAAGGUUUGACUUUUGUUUCUGUACACGAUUGCUUUUGGACACAUGCCUGCACCGUGCCCGAACUAAAUAAAAUUUGCCGGCAGCAAUUCGUGUCUCUACACUCACAACCCAUUCUGGAAGAUUUAUCAGAGUUCCUUAAAAAAACAUAUAGCUUCAAGCCAAGUGAUUUUUCAAACGAUGGCUCCGAGGAAGAUGGUUCUAAGCACCGUUCAAACCGUAUUUUAGGUCAAAUUCCAAAAAAGGGUGACUUCGACUUACAAAGCGUUCUCAAUUCAGUUUACUUUUUUAGUUAAUCGAAAACAAUGGUUUUGUAUUUAUUUUCUUUCUUCAUUCGAUUUAACAGCGUUCACCUUUUUAUACCCACUGUCGUAUUUAAGAGAAGAUUAUGCUAAUUUUGUUAUUUCAUUUGUAAUUAAAGAUUUCAUCAAAUCCAAAUAUUCCUGAUUAAUGAAAUUCAGCACUGAUUUAAAAAUUUAUCUGUUUAUUUUUGGUUUUUUAAAUUACGCUAAAAAGAUGAGACUGAGCAAGUUUAAAAGUGGUCAUAAAGUGGUUAAAAAUUGGCCCACAAAAUUUUUAAAUGGUAAAAUGACUGGAAAGCGAACCGAGAAAAUUUCAGUUUAUUUCAAGCAAAUCGAGAUAUAAUUCAUUCAUAUAGUAUAACCAUUUCAAAAGACGCUAUAAGCUGAUACUCGAUAAGUCCAUAAUUCUUAAAUAUUAUUUACGGCGAGGAGUACUUAUGAUAUCGUUUUAAGGUGAAUCUGUUUUCUUCAGGGCGACUUCGAAAAAUACAGGAAAAACUGCAGAAAGGUGUUA